CUUCUCUCUGGAUAUUGAAUCCAAGAAAGACACGAUUUUGAGAGCAGUAGGAGACACCCGAUAAGAAUCUGAUUCUUGGAGCAUUGCCAUUUUAUCUUGUACAUUCGCUUAAUUUGUAACUACAAUGGCUGGAAUUGUAGUGGUUUUUGACUUCGACAAGACCAUCGUCGACUGUGACAGUGAUAACUGGGUUGUUGACGAGUUGGGUUUCAAUGAAUUGUUCAAUCGGCUCCUUCCCACAAUGCCUUGGAACACUCUCAUGGAUAAGAUGAUGAUGGAGCUUCAUUCCCAUGGAAAAACCAUUGAGGACAUUGUGCAAGUUCUUCAGAGGAUUCCUAUACACCCCAGAAUAAUCCACGCCAUUAAAGCAGCGCAUGCUUUAGGGUGUGAUUUGAGGAUUGUAAGCGAUGCAAAUACGUUCUUCAUCGAAACAAUUUUAAAGCACUUAAAAAUAAAGGAAUGCUUCUCAGAGAUCAACACUAACCCGGGUUAUAUUAAUGGAGAGGAAAGGCUACGAAUUUUGCCUUACCAUGACUUCAACAAUUCUCCCCAUGGAUGCACUCUGUGUCCUCCAAACAUGUGCAAGGGUGAAAUCAUAGAGAAAAUCCAAGACUCAAUAUCUUCAGGAGAAAAAAAGAGGGUCAUAUAUCUUGGGGAUGGUAGUGGGGACUAUUGCCCAAGCCUGAGGCUAAAAGACAAAGAUUUUGUGAUGCCAAGAAAGAAUUUUCCUGUAUGGGAGUUAAUAUGCAAAGACCCUUUGCUCAUUAAAGCUGAAAUUCAUGAAUGGAGCGAUGGAGAAGAACUGGAACGAAUUUCGCUGCAGCUAAUCAACAAAAUUUCUUUGGGAGAAAGUGCUCAGAACAUUUCUGCUGAUUGCAAGUUGGAGACUAUACGAGAGCCUUUUCCUCAAGUUCUACUAGCUCACCGAUAAGACCCCUUUAAUAUCUUUGGAUAUCUCAUCUACCUCAAAGAUAGCUAGUUUUUUUUUUUUUCAUGUCAAAUGCUAAUAAGUGUUUUUAGAUAUUAACUAAGGAAUUAAAAGGAUAAUUUUUUUAUUGAGAUGCAUAAAAUGAUACUGUUUAUUUAUUUU